AAAGAUUACAAUUUUACUUGCUUUGAAUAAAAUAACUUGAGAAUAAUUGGUAGAACGUGGAAUUGUGAAUCAGUUUUCUAAGAGUUUAUUAUUAAUUCUACAUUAUGUAGCAUGUUGAUCAAUAUGAUCAACUCGUGGCAAAUCAAAUCUCGUGACGGUGUUAUGAAAAGUAUGUAAACACGUAUAAAUUAAUUGAUUUAACUUUGACGGCCGCAAAACUUCACAAACAUGUUUUUACCAAUUAUGCAUAAUGCCGUUGAAAGUUAUGGAGAUAGACGUACCUCCGCAGGUGAAACAUCUGGCUAGCCUCAUAAAGCUUAUGUACUACAUUUAGUCAAUAAUGGCAGGUUACUAUGUAAGUUGUGUGGCUACUGUUUGUUGUGAAGUGUGCGCGGCGCAUGCGCGCUGGCGGCCGCGGCGCGGCGGCUCGCCUGCCCACCGUCGGCCAACGACCACUUAUCAUCGGAGGUUCGGCGUGAGCGCGCCUCUCUCGUUUCCCGCGAAAAUCUGCCGCUAAUAUUAGCAUGAGAGACGUGAGCGAGUCCGCUGAAGCCGACUGUACGCGACGCGCGCUCCGCUGAACGCGUGUUUUUCCGGGCGAGGUCGCGCAGGGCGGGCGGCGCGCGCCGGUGCGCCCAGGGCACCCUGCCUCCAAUACAAUAUCUGCCACACACACAGCAGGACGUGCUCCCAAGUGCUCCACAAAUACAGGCACAUCAGACAUACAUAUUUCACCCUUUAAGUACAUUUUUAACAAUAUUCAGUGAAGUGCAGUAUUAAAUAACUACAGUGUACACUCUUAAGACUUGCAUAGGGAUCAUGAUUCACUACUGAAAUGUGAAAAGUAUCCUGCUGUUUGACAGAUCGGCGCACAUCACAACAGGUAGUGCAAUCCAAAGCAAAUCAUCAUGACGGUGGUAACGAACCCAGCGCGGACGAACUCCGAUGAUGAGAUAGAGUCAGGUCGCGAGAGCGCGGUCGGCGAGUACGCGACCGCCGGCGGACUGGAGCUGGACGAGCACGCGCGACUCUACGACGAUGAGAAACAGAGCGACAUCGUUUUCGAGGCCGGCAUUAACGGCGACACGUGGCGCUACCCCGGACACCGCCGCGUGCUGGCCGCCACUAGCCCCGUGUUCGCGGCGCUGCUCUCCUGCAAGACCGACGUCAUCGUCGUCGACUACAUUGACCGCAGGGGCUUCGAGCAACUCCUCCGCUACCACUACUGCGAGCCGACCCAGCUCAACUCAGUGGGAACCGCGCGCUGUGCCCUCGACGCCGCCUACAAGUUCUUAUGCCCACCACUGGCGGAGCGCUGCGCUCGGCGACUUGAUGAAAUGUUAGACGCUGGUGUCGCACUAGAGAUUUUGCGCGACUUACGUUUCCUGUGCGCGCGGCUGCCAGGAGCAGCUUCUGCACCACCUCUACCCGCUCUUUCCGAUGAUGCGGCUGCUCGCUCCCUAGCGCAGUGCUCGCGUUGGUGCGACUCUCUAGCACACAACGCGUUGCUAGUUCUUGACGAAAACGCUGAUGUAGCUCUUACGGAUGAAAGGCUUGAAGAGCUCACGUACGAAGAUUUAGCGCUGAUAGUAAAACGAGAUACUUUGCGGGUGUCAAGCGAGCUCGUGCUAGCGGAGGCUCUCUCCCGCUGGAGCACGGCGGCAUGCAAGCGUACCAAGCGGGAGCUGACGCCGGGCAACAAGAGAGCGGCGUUGGGUGAACUAGCAUACUGUCCGCGCUACUUGCUACUUGCGGGCGAGGAGCUGGAUCGUGCUCUGGCGUUCGAACUGCUAGAGCCGAUGGAGCGUGCACUUGUGACUGCGCGUGCUCGCAAGCUAUCGGCUCCAGUGCCAGUAGGCGCGGAACAAGAAGCGCUGUUGCGUCGCUGGGCCCGGCCGCGGCCCGCCGAGCCGGCGGCUCUGCCGGUGCACCUAAGCCCACGCUCCGAGCCGCCGGUGGAGGAGCCGCAGCCCAGCAAGCUGUGCGCGCGCCGCCCCAAGCGCCCCAAGCAGCCCAGCUUCGCCCCAGAGGAGAAGCGCAAGAAGCGCGGCUGCUGCGCCUGCUUCUGCGACGGACUCCUGCGUGCUAUCAUUUGUUUGUUCGACUGAGAGAAGGCGCCGACCUACGUGUAAGGUGGGCAUCGCAUUGUUACUAAAGUGUAGGCACACAACGUUUACACUGUGGUUUACACUUAUAUAAAUAAGACUUUCGACUGAGUGUUAAGUACUGACGUGACAAAAAAAACUUUAAAGUAUAAAAAAAUAUACCUCUUCUAUUUCCUCUUUACAUUACUGUCCUUUUCAAUGUGCAUUUCGAAAUACAUAAUUUCAAACAGUAUUUAAGUAAGUACAUGUGUCGAUUUAAUCAAUUAUACCUUUAAAUAGUUACUUGGAUAGUCAUGGAGAGGAUGAGAAAGAGAGAAUGCCAUCUUUUGUAUUUUUUUACGAAUCAAAAUUAAAACUAUUCGUAUUAAAUUAUAAUUGCAUUACAUGCUUGAGAUUAAGUAUUAGAAUGAUUUAGCGAUGCGGUAUUGAUCUAUAAGUUUAGUAAAAUGAAUAUGUUUUGCAGUUGAAAUUAAGAGAUUUUAAGUAAAAUGUCCAUGUUUAAGUCUGUGUUCAACUUAUAGUUUAUGCUUAUGACGAAGUGUUCUUUGUUAGUGAGUUAGUUGUUGUGAGUGAAUUGAUUAUUUAACGUGAAAUUGUGACUUAAGGAUCUUUUCGUAGUAGAAUAUUGUAUGUUGUGAUAUUUAUAUUUAAUGAUUAUUUUUUUCUAGAACAGCGUUAAUUUCACAUAUCAAAUUGUUGAACAAUUUGCAUUUACAAAGGUUUUGUGAAGUUAUUUUAUGCACAAAUUGUCAUUAUAGUUACGUUUUUGUUAGUUGUUUUAAACUGAAUUUUGUUGCAUUUAUUGACAAUUCUGUGUUAGAUUUGUUAGGGGGUUAUCUAAAAUAAAAUAAAAAUGAUAUGAAUCCGAAAACAUAAAUCUAAAUUCUAUUAUGGCAAAUCAAAAUGUAAUUUGUUUUAGAUAACUCUAUAUUAGUUAGUAGUUCGCUUAGUUAAAUAUAGUUGAAUUGUUUAGUAUAAUUCUUCCAUAAUUUAGAGAAAUAGUUACCUAAAUAUUCACUAGUCGUAUACCAAGUACAUAAAUGUCAAGAUUUAUAUGUGUGUAGGAAUAUGUUUGAAACAAACGUUCUCAGAACGAAUUAAUUGAAUGAUAUAGCUUCAAUUGUAAUCAAAUUUAAAUCGUGCCAUAUUGGAUGUGGCUUUUAACUUAAAAAUAUGUGUUUCUGUAUCUUCAACCAUGUAUUUAAGAGAGGGACUCUCAUUUACUGUGUGUUUAGAAAAUUUAAAAUAAUUAAAGCUUUUUAUGUAAUUAAAUUACUUAUUCAAUGUAUGUCUGUGACGUUUAAAACGAUUAAUUAAAUGUGAAAUUGAAAUUGUAAUCGAAAUUUGUUCGCAUACGUAUUAUAAGUUAACUUAUUGUAACCAACCGUGUUCAGCUGUGAGCUGGCAGACGAGGAACCCAUCCCGAGACAAUUAUAUGAUGUUAAAAUAA